AUGGACCCCAUCAUAUCCUGCGAUAACAUUCACAAGACGUACCUCCUCGGCAUCGAGGGUGUACCGGCGCUGCGUGGCGCGGAUGUGGACAUAAACCUUGGCGAACUUCUCGUGUUGUACGGCACGAGCGGCGGUGGUAAGAGCACGCUCCUCAACGUUCUCGGGACAAUUGACACCCCGACAAAGGGAAAUAUGUUCCUUUUCGGAAAGCGUGUGACGGAUCAAACGCCGGACUCAGAGCUAGCAGCGAUGCGCUUGCAGCGCAUCGGGUUUGUCUUUCAGUCGUUCAACCUCAUCUCUACCAUGGAUGCACUGGGCAAUGUGUCGCUGCCGAUGGUGAUCAAAGGUUCGCUAUCAGCGUCGGACAUCAAAAAGCGUGCCACCGCACUCCUCGAGGAGGUUGGUCUCGGGCAUAGGCUGCACCACUUUCCAUCAAUGCUCUCUGGUGGUGAGCAGCAGCGCGUGACAAUUGCCCGGGCUCUUGCCAAUGAGCCGGAGAUCUUGUUUCUCGAUGAGCCUACAGGCGACCUGGACACUAAGAACACUCUCAUCAUCAUGAACAUUCUUCUACGGCUGAACCGUGAGCGUGGUCUCACAAUGGUGAUGGUGACUCACGAUGUGUACAUAAGACAGUACGCCCAUCGCGUCAUUUACAUCCGCGAUGGCAAGGUGAGCACCACCGAAACCGUUCACAGUAAUGUUCGCGAGCGAGCUUGGAAUGAGCUGCAGGAGUCCCUGCUGAAGGCAAACACCUGGACAGAGCGACCGAAGACACCUACCAGCGAGCAGCGCGCCCCUCAGGACUACGCCACAUUCUCAGCGCAAGGUCCGCUGAAUCUGGAUGAGGACCCAGAAAUGCAGCAGGUGGUCGAUGUGCUUUUCGGGCCUCAGUAG